GCUGAGCGGGUAUUUUAGUGUGUAAGCGACGUCCCGGGCGACCGCAUCGCUCGAACGAACCGCUCGGCUCGAGUAAUAAAUCGACUGUGAAUCGCAGUGUGAUGGUGAGCGGUGACCGCUGCGGGUGCGGUGCGUUUUGUCGGCGACUGCUUUGCCGCGCUCGCCCGCCGGAGCCGGAGAGCCCUGAGAAUGUCGAUGAAGACGCGCCGGUUACUUUGUGUCAGUUGGCCGAGGCGCGAGAUGUCAAGUUCAACCAAACCCUCAAGGAUCCGCUGGCGGUCGGGACACAUAUCCUCUGCACCGGUACACCUACUGAGGACUUACCAUGGUUUACAGUUAACAUAGGAUACGGAGACCCAGACAAUGGUACAGGGGAGAUCGCAGUCCACUUCAACGUGCGGGUCCCGCAGUGCUAUGUGGUGCGGAACACGAGGCGACAUAAUAAAUGGGGGAUAGAAGAAACUACUGCAUUUAGAUCAUUUCCUUUCAAAAUGGGCCGUCCGUUCACGAUAGAAGUGAUCGUGGACGAAACGGAAACAUUCUGGGCGGUAGACGGCGAGCACUAUUGCAAUUACGCGCACCGCACGCCGUCGCCCGUCGGAGCGCCCUGGCUGCAGGUCUCCGGGAUAAGGGACGCCACGCUCAAUGUGCAGAAAGCUGAGGUGUACCCGAUGCUGGCACCGCCCCCUGUAGAGGUGCCACUGAGACCUAGUUUAGAUGCGUCGGCUUCGGAAGACGAACCGCUUUGGCGGCCGAACAUCACAGCACUAUUACCCAAGGGAAUCCCACCUGGAUACCAACUAGUCAUACACGGAAGGCUCAGGCCCAUCCUCCACUCGUUCACGCUCAACCUGAUGGACGCGGCGCGCGACUGGCCCGUGCCCAACACGCCCCUGCACGUCAACGUGCGCGCGCAUGACGAGUCACACCGGGAGCGGCAACUAGUCGUGCUCAACUCUUACUUAGGCGCCUGGGGCGACGAGAGACGACAGAGGACUGCUACUCUUGUGCCUGGAACACAGAACACGUUCCGCAUCCUGAACGGGCCGGGCGAGUGGUCAGUGUUCGCCAACGAUGUGCUCAUCGGAGAGUUGGAAAACCGCGCGGCGCCGGCACUAGUCCGCGCCUUUCGAGUGCGCGGGGAUUUAUUCCCUUCCACGAUUUAUUUGUGUCCAUCUUCACACUCGCCUACAACGGAAGACUGGAAGGAUGUGUCUAACUGUUGAUAGUUUCAGACGGGUUGUAUGGUGGCUAUUCUGAAUAUAUGUACUAUCGAACCAACUAAAUCAUGACCCACACCAUAAGCUCAUUUUGCCAAACUGUCCAAAUGUAAGUUGAUCGAAAUUCGCUUGCAGAUAGAGUUUCCUUGGUGACGAACUUGUUAUCAUUAUACAUACUAGAAACUGACAUGUGUGUAGAUAGUGACAAAAUUUAGUUAGUGUUUAAAACGACCUAAGUGCAUUAUAAGCGAUAGACCUUACAGGUUUGAAAGAUUCAAACGAAUUAUCUGUCAAGUUGGUCAUGAAUCAGUUGGUUCGAUACCUCUAUAUAUCAAAAUCUGAAAGGGAAAUUCACGAGUAGGUCAAUAUCAAUACGAUGCUCAUCGGCGGACUUGAACACUGGUGCGGGCCGUACAAAUGCGCGGGGAUAUCUUCCCUUACACGGUUUAUGUGCGCCUUCACACACUACGAAAGACUGGUAGGCUAUUUCUAACUGUUGACAUAUUCAAAUGAGCAGCGAUUAGCAACAAUCGUGCCCCAGCCGUUUACUAUAGUCUAUAAAGCUUCCAACACAAUUAAUAAUACAGUUUGGUGUAACCGAAGUCGAUCUAAUCUACUUAGAUUGAUGGCAAUCGGCCAUAGUCUGCCAGUCUGAGUUUUAAUAUGACUAAGGAGAUAUAAACCUUGAGGUCUAAAGUAAAUUAAAGUGAUAAAUCUGAAAAAGGGGGCUGGGGGGCCACGAUGUACUAUUAUAAAUACAUUCAUUAAAUAUCAGGUAUGAGUCAAAAUCGAAAUGAUCACAUGGUACACGAUAAAGUGCAUAAAAGGAUUGUGCAAAUGAGUGUUAUGUAUUUAUACCUAGUCGUUUGUAAAUUAAAUCUCGAGUUGAUCAGGAUCACAUAUGUACCUACCUACCUAAUAAAUUGUUAUUGUAAAUAUUAAUAUUAUUAAUGACCUAAUAUUUUUUUGUUUAAUUAAGCUUAUGAAUAUGACGUUUGAUAAUGUUUGCAAAGUUUAAAAUAAUGUUAUCUCAUAAUUAUUGGAUAUUUUAACGAGAUUAUCUAUUAGAGAAAUAGUUGGAUGUAGUGUAAUGGAUCUUCCUCAAUUUUGGCUUAGAAGAGAGUAAAUAUUAAAAGGAUUGAAUAAUACAUACCUUUUUUAUGCUGUUUUGUAAAUGUGUUUAUUACACUCAGCCGUCAUAAUUAUAAGAAACACAUGUACAACUUAGUAAGUAUGAGUAAGUAGGUAAUAAAUAUUUAUUUAAUAUUAAAACGCAUUUACUUAUAGUUGCUACUUUCACAGCUUUUGCUCGUGUUAACUCUUUAAUUUGAGUAAUUUUUAUGUUACCUAUAAGGAAUUUAUAUUUAUAUAUUUUAUAUGCGCUUGAGAAGAUAAACAUAGUAAGUAUAUAAGAUGUGCCUAUUUUGCUCCUCACUGUGUAAUUUUGCUCCAACAUUUUUUUGUAUGAGGUUAGGGCCUUAUCACACUUGCGAUUUGCAGGCGCAGCGAGUUCGCCGCGAGUACGCAGUGUGUUCGCCGCGAGUGUGCAGCGAGAUCGCCGCGUCUAUAGUCGAGACGUCAUGCUGUAUUCGUCAGCAAAAUUAAUUUCUAUCCACUUUAGUUUAAGCCGAUAUUUGUAGUAGUAUAUUAUCUACGAAUGUGGGCAGAUGAACAAGCAACAAUAAUAGCACCGUCGGAAGAUUCAAACACUGCUGCAAUGGAUAUCGCGGCGAACACGCUGCACAAUCGUGGCGAACUCGCUACGCACUCGUGGCGAACUCGUUUCGCUUUCAAAUCGCCCGCAAAUCCCAAGUGUGAUAAGGCCCUUAAUGUCACAACCAAAAAACCCAAGAAAUCAUUAUGAUUUCUUUUUUAGUUGCCAUUCCCAAUCCAUCCAGAAGAUUGUG